AUGGAGGCUGUUCGUCGAAUUAACCGAUGGACUCAGGACGAGGACUCAAUUCUCAUCCAGAAACUAUAUGAGCAACAGACCUACGACCUGCCUGGCGCACCCACCGACUGGCAAAAGAUUGCUGCUGUUCUCCCCGGCCGAACGAAUAAAGACUGCCGAAAACGAUGGUUCAAUGUUCUCAGUGGUGGUCUACGAAAGGGUGCUUGGUCGCCUGAAGAAGACUCAUACCUAAGAGAUGCCGUACGAAUCGAGGGCAAGUCGUAA